UAUGGAGUCGAUUUCUGUCAAAAAAAAAAUUAUUAGACGUCAAACAAAAAGUUAAAAACAAUUGUAUCUUUAUUGUAAUUAUUAUUAUUAUUAUUAUCAUCAUCUGGACUUUGAUCUGUCAUAAAUAUUAAUGUUACAUCCAGGACAACAAUCAACAAGAAUAUAAAUACAUAUAGGUAUUACAUAAACAUUUUUUUUUAUCAUCAAAAGACACCAAGAUGUUGACAAAAGCAUUCAAUAAUAUUACGAGAAAGGCAUUAGCCAGAAAUUUUUUAGUGUCAUCAAGAUUAUCUAGUGGAUACUCAUUUGACUUAUCAGAAACGUCGCAAGAAAUAAAAGAUACGGCUGAGAAAUUUGCGAGAGAGGAAAUAAUUCCAGUGGCUGCUCAGUAUGAUAGAUCUGGGGAAUAUCCCUGGCCGAUUAUCAAGAAAGCAUGGGAAACUGGAUUAAUAAAUACUCAUAUCCCCAAGGAUAUUGGUGGAUUGGAGCUGGGUGCCUUUGAUGGAUGUUUGAUUGCUGAGUCACUUUCAUAUGGAUGCUCUGGUAUAAUGACAGCUAUUGAAACUUCUGGUCUUGCUCAAUGGCCAGUUAUUCUUGGGGGUUCAAAAGAACAGCAGAAAAAAUAUCUUGGACGACUACUUGAAGAGCCUAUUGUUGCUGCUUAUGGAGUGACUGAACCUGGUGCUGGUUCAGAUGUCGCUGGUAUUAAAACGAAAGCUGUAAAAAAAGGAAAUGAGUGGAUACUAAAUGGUACUAAAAUGUGGAUAACAAACGGUGGAGUUGCCAGCUGGUACUUUGUCUUAGCGAGAACUAAUCCGGAUCCAAAGGCACCUGCUGGUAAAGCGUUCACUGGUUUUGUUGUUGAACGUGAUUGGCAGGGAGUAACACCAGGACGUAAAGAAAUAAACAUGGGACAGAGGGCAUCAAAUACAUCAAUGGUGAGCUUUGAAGAUGUCCGCGUACCUGCAGAAAAUGUUUUAACUGGAGAAGGAGCGGGUUUCAAGAUCGCUAUGGAAACGUUCGAUGCUACGCGUCCUAUGGUAGCUUGUGGAGCAGUUGGGUUGGCCCAGCGUGCUCUGGAUGAAGCUUUGAAGUACUCGUUGGAACGUCACACAUUUGGGAAACCCAUUUUCGAGCACCAGGCAGUCGCGUUCAUGCUCGCGGAUAUGGAAAUCGCGGUCGAAACUGCGCGUCUCGCCUGGAUGAAAGCUGCCUGGGCAGCUGAUAAAAAACUACCGAAUGCCACCAAACUCGCGAGUAUCGCCAAGUGCUACGCCGCGGACAUCGCGAACCGCGUGGCCUCUGACGCUGUCCAGGUAUUCGGCGGCGCUGGUUUCAACAGCGAGUACCCGGUGGAGAAGCUGAUGAGAGAUGCAAAAAUUUAUCAGAUCUAUGAAGGAACUUCUCAAAUUCAAAGACUUAUUAUUUCACGACACAUGUUCAAGGAAGCAAAGUCCAAAUUUAUGUAAUUCACUUUAUUAUUAUUAUGAUUUUUCUUAAUUAACUUGUAAUAAUAUUUAAUAUUGAUCUUAUUGAUUUAUAAAAAUUAUUUGGGUCACAAAUAUUAUUUAUUUUACAAAUUAAUU